AUGCAUGCUAAAAACGUAGCGUAGCUUACUACUCGCUCCUCCCACGGGUGAAUCAGCGCACGCGACGAGGAACGCAGGAUACCUACCUAAUCGCGAAGUUUUUGGUUCCCUCCCCGUGCUUGUACACAGUAGACGUGAAUGCUCCCAACAGGAGCGAUGGACUUGCCACACACACACACACACACACACACACACACACACAUAUCCACAAGCCACGAUCAUAAUCCAGGAGAACAGCGCUAGCCAUCACACAAAGUUUCACUCAUUUUGUGACGAUUUUGUGCUUACCACAUCCCGACACGCCAUACAUAUCCAAAGGACAGUGAAUUCGCGGCUCAUUGCUGGAAGCUGUCAUGUUUGAUUUUGCUGUCCAGCUUUAUUACUAGGGACACUGCAUGUUCGUUUGUGAAGUCUUGGAAAUCGAUAAAUUCCGUUCUUUUGCAAAAGGGGGGCCGGAGGGGAGAGAAUGGAUAGUCACGCGUGCCCCUUGCCACCGCCAGUUGGCAUCAAACGCGUUUUUGCGAGUACUUACUUCCUGGGGUUUUGAGGGCAUACCCAUCCCAUCGGCGUGCCUGUGUUGUGAACGAGUAUCGUGAUGGAUAAUUUC